AAAAUUCCAACAGCAGCAACAACAACAUAACUACAAAACGAUUCAUAUGUACAUUUCGUGUCCAAUAAUUGAUCAAAAAAGGUUCAGGGUGUUUUAUUCUUUAUCGAUUCAUUUUAUUUCUUAUUUGUUCCUCAUAUAUUAGGAGUUGCAAUAAAUCGUAUCGCGUAUCGUUUCUAUCUAUAAUUUUUUCUAUUAGGAUUGGUAAUACUUUUUAUUAUACCAAAUGUGUAAUCUAAUACAAGUCUUCCAAUUCCCAAUAUCGAAUAUAGAUUUUACUGAGCAACAGCCUGAGUAUGAUACUAUCUGAGACACGAAAGUUAAGUUGUAGAAUUUGUUAAAAUUUACCGGUAAUUAUAGUUACUUUAUUAUAGUUAGUCAGAGCCAAAAAUGUCCGAGUUCAAUAAUUUUGGUUUUGUGCAGGUGAUUGUUACAUGCGCCCAAGGCUAUAAAAAACAACAUAUAUAUGUUUGAAAUAAUUAGUAAAUUUGAGAGCAGAGUAAACUUGAUGACCUCGCAGUUUGUAAAUCAAAGAUAAGAAAAUGCUGAGAAAAGAUUACAUUAGAAUACCGUAUAAUGUAUAUAAUUUCUAUAACAGAAGUUACCGCACAAAUAUGGACAUUUGAAACGCGUGUUAGAUGUUAGAAACAGUUUUAGAAGAGUGAAGUGUAUAGACCAAAUUUUGCGAACAGAUUUUUAACAAAGAAAUAUCAUAUUUUUUGUCUAUCUGAAUACUGAGAAAAUUUGUUAUUGUUGGUAUACUUUUUAUGGGGCUUAUAACAACAGUGGUCUUUUGCGUCAUUGAUCAAUUCGGAAAAAUCCUAUACUAACAUAUUAUACAAUAUUUACAAAAAAAUAAUUAUACAAAUGAUUCAAUUAUAUUAAGUAAUUAAUCCAAAGUAUUUCUGCUCGUAGACAAAACAAAUUCCAUAUCAGUUUCUACCAAUAGUAAAACAUAUUCUAUCACGAAAGCUUGUUUUCACAAAUCAAUUUCGACAAGAUGAAAGCAAUUGUGUUGAUCAGUAUGCUUCUUAUUGCAUAUUUCACAAAUGUUGCAGAACCGCACGGACAAGGUAUUUCGAGGGCCUCGUUUCUGGACCGCCUGAAAAGAAGUCUGAAUUAUAGGUCGAAGGAUGCAACGCUUGAUUUCAUGAGACACGUCAAUUCAAUAAAGUCACGUGAGAGCCGCAGAAAAAGACAAGCAGCUGUAACAGAUGAAGACACAGAUGUGGGGCAGUCAUACAAUCCUAAUGAUCCUUCGGGUAAUUAGAAGACCUUAAGUUACAUUAAAAUGUGAACGAAAAUGAUAUUUGAUAUAUUCUUCUGCUUUGUAUGGGAUUUGAGUAAGGUAUGAUCAGGGGCGUGCCAAACUUUUCUGUUGUGUUGUGUGGCGAGAUUCUGAUAAUGAGGCCCCUAUUCCUCACUUCAAAAGUAAUUCGGGGGAUAAACAAAUUAUAGAUGUUGUUAUACAUAAUAAAGGAAUAAAUUAAAGGUCACGUAGACAAGUUCAUUGGCAGAAAAGGGAAGUCAGCAAUUGCUGAGUGUAAGAAGGAUAUACGCCGGAUAGUUUUAGUUAUUGUAAUAGUGCAGGGAUGCCAUAUACCGUUGCAUUUCAAGUUAUGUCGUUAGUUGACCAAAUCGAUUGUCGAACAAAAGUAAUAUAAUCAAAAAUAAUAUAAUACAAGAAACUUCAACUUCGUCACGAGUUUUGCAACAAAUAGUGAAUACUUAACAUUUUCUUACUUUGGAUGACGACAGUCGUAACGGGUAGCGUUGGCUGUGAGGUUGAAUGGGGAUUGAUGACUGCAAUAGAUUGCUACUCUAGGUGGCGGCUUCGGGAAUGAAUUCUCGUCGCAAAUAUUCUAUCACGGAUUCUUAUAUGGUGUGACAAACUACUCACGUGACUAUCUUGAAUCCCAUCUUAUACCCAUUAAAUAAUAAUUAAAAGAAGGAACAGUGGGUGAACUCAAAACAUGGUAUCCAUUCAUGGAGUCGUAGGGUUCCAGUAUAUUCAAAAGAUAGAGCAAGGAAACAACUGUAACUUUGUUCUUUUUCUGUUUUAACAUCGUGUUGCAUGUGUAUCAAUAUAUAAAAUUUUACUUUUACAAAGUUCCGUCUCACCUGCAACGAGCUUUACCUACAAAACUAUAUGUGGAAAGGCGGUAUUGGAGGCGUUAAGAAGCACUCAUGAUCAUUUGAAAAUAUCAAUACGAGUCAUCCCAUGUCAUUUCUCAUGACCUGCUAGAAUCACCAAAAUUGUUAUGAUUCCUUCAAUGGCGUGUGGUCUUAUUUUAUGACGUAUAAACUCAAAAAACUAAAAUUAAUAUUGCCACAUGAAGGUGGAUACAUAUUAUACUAAACUACGCACGCGAUGUUACAUUUAUUUAUUUAAGAAUAGUAAUAGGUAUGAAUAUGAAUUAUGCGCUUAUGAAUAAUUUAUAACGAUCUACAAAUAUAGUAUGUCCUCAAAAAAGGACAAUAGCUUGUAUGAUCAGAAUGCCCGUAAUUAUGAAGACAAUUUUGCUAAUAGUCAUGGUGACGAUAAUGACUUCGAUAAACUUCAACUAACUCCACGUUAUAUAUCCAACAAACCAUACAGAGUAAAAAAAAAUUAAUGAAUUCUGGCACUACAAUAUAUAUAUUAUCUCAACUUAUUAAUAAGUUCCCAAGAAGGGUAUUUUUAUUAGGUCACAUUAUUUGCAUCGCAGAGUCAUGAUAAAAAACACUUAGCUACAUGCGUUUUUCGAAGCAGCCUCAUUACUGGGAAUACAAUAAAAUUUUUGACUAUUCAAGGUUAGAUUUCAAGUAUAUUUUUAUCUGUAUAAUACAGGUUUAAGAUGCGGUUAAAGUACAGGUGUUCUAUUAUAUUGGAAUAAUUUUCAGUUGGCAGGAGGUUAAACGAUUAUAAAUUGGCAGGCAAACUAAACAGAACACAAUUGAAUUCGUCAAGCUCAAGUAUUUAAUAAAAUUCCAGAUUCCAGUGGCAGUUGCCUCUGAUGCCUUUCUAACGUGAGGGAGCCAGGAUCAAAUGCAAAGUUUAGUAUUUGCCAAAAAGUGAAAGAUCAUUUAAAUACAGAAUUAAUACUGAGGUGCUUGAAACUCUGUCUUUACCUAUAUAUGAUUUGAACUUCAAAUUUCCGUAAGAAGGGUAAUAUUUGUUCGGAUACGAAAUACCGCGUCAAAUCAUUUUGCAGCUAACAAGUAAUGAUGUAACUUUUUUUUCUUCAUUAAAGGAGCAAUGAUUCACUUUAAAUAUUUUCACAAAAUGUGAACAACAAAGAAAAGAUUUACAAAAACAAUACCCAAUAGAAAUUAAGCUAUUUAAAUACACCAAAUAUUGGAAGAACAAUUUCUCGAAAGAAGCCUUCCACUGAGUUUUGCUUUUCUCCAUUCCAAGAUGAUGGAUAUGCAUUUGCCUGGGACGCCUGUUGCCAUAGAUAUGAAUGUCGAAUUACAGGAACUGGACGAUGAAAUUAAUCGACCACCGAGUUCACACUCGUCUGUAUCAAUUCCUUCAUUACCGUCUGGAUCACGACCUUCCACAGGAAAAUCUUCACAUCCAUCGAACAAUAUGUCACCAAGAUCUACGCCGUUGCCAUCCUCCAUGUCAAACAAAUCGAUUCCAAAGUUCCCUAGGUCAGCAACCCCGAUGUCUUCAGCUGCUUCGAGGCCGCCAAGCAGCCAGAUUUCCAAAUCAGUAAAAUCCUCUCAAUUUUUGCGACCAAUGACAGCAGCGUCAAGCGGGUCUUCGUCGUCCUCGUCUUCUUCUCCACACGUCACCGAUUCUCAAUCAGCAAGUCCGCGUCCACCAAAUACAAAAUCUGCUGUAUCUCUGCGAUCGUUUGCUGAUUCACUCUUUCAGUUGCCAAAAUCUGCGUCGCGAGCCGCGUCUCCAAGACCACCAACCGCUGGUUCUCGUCCAACAACCGCAGAAUCGCGAAAAUCAAGCACCAAGUCCAAUUCCGGAUCGAGCACUGGAUCCAUGGGAUCGAGGUUGUCGAUGUCAAACUUGGAUGUUUCACCGGAAGAGGAUACUCAAUGGAGGGCUAAAUUGCGGCCGCAUUGUUUCACGCCUCACUUGAGCGAAAAGUAUCUCUGUCCUGCUUGCACGAAUGUUUUAUAUUACCCUGUCCAGCUGUCGAACUGCGAUCAUCAAGUAUGUAGUUCCUGUCUCUCAGAUAUUAUGCGUGGAGUGAGAUGCUGCCCAAUAGACAAAAAACAUAUAGAUCGAUCACAGGUUAUUGUGCGACGAGAUUUCAGCCGGGAAUUGAACUCCAAAAAACUAUGUUGUCCUCAAAAUGAUCUAGGAUGCUCCUGGACUGGAACGUAUGAAAAUUUCAAGGAACAUUAUAGUUCAUGCGAGCACGCUGACGAAAAUUGUACAAACGGAUGUGGAUUCCGCAGUGAAAAACGACACAUGGAUAAUCAUUUGAUAAAUGAAUGCUCUCUUCGAAUGGUGACUUGCGAAUUCUGCACAAGAGCUGUGAGAGCGGAGAAAGAGAUUGAUCAUUUGAAACAGUGUCCGAGAUUUCCAAUAAGCUGCUCUAAUACUUGUGGAACGAAGCAAAUUCCGAGAGAAGAACUAGCUCGCCAUAUUGAAGAAGAAUGUCCGUUUGGAGAAAUCAAAUGUCCUUUUAACAGAUUGGGAUGCUAUGUGGCGGGCACGAGAGAUUUUGUUCGUCGUCAUAUCACCGAUGACCUUGCAAAUCAUAUGGAAAUGUUGUGUCGAGGUUUGAACGAAGCAACGGAUUUGUUGGAUGAGCAUGGCAAGGCUAUCACAAGCCACGAAACUAAAAUCCAAGAUACCACUUUACAGAUUUCGAAUGUACUGAGAACACAAGGUUGCCAACUUUUAUGGAAAGUUGAUAAUUGGGCUCAAAGAGUAGUGGAAGCAAAUUCGGGGAAGAAAACUAUUUUACGAAGUCCGCCAUUUUAUACGGGAAAAUAUGGGUACAAACUGGCUCUUACAUUGAUGCCCAAUGGAGAUGGAAAAGCUAAAGGCAACUGCUUGUCUCUAUAUGUGUGCUUGGUAAAAGGGGAAUACGAUGCCUUGGCAUCCUGGCCGUUCAAUAUGACAAUAACGUUCACGCUGGUUGAUCAAUGUCAGGAUCCUAGAGCAAAACUGGAUCAUGUGUAUGUGUUGAGACCUAAUCCAUGCAAGUAUACCGUUCUUGCUCCAAGUUAUGCUAUUUUUGCAGGAAAAUCUGGCUUUUCUAGGACGACCUAAUGUCAACGCAAAUCCAAGUUUUGGAGCGCAGUCAUUUGCACCGCUGGAUUUAUUGGAGACACGUGACUAUGUUCGUGAUGACGUCAUAUUUAUCAAAGUGCAGACUGACCACGAAGAAUGAAUUGAAUGAAAGAAAUUUUUUUCGCAUUUUUUUUUCAACUACCGACAUUUCACUCUAAAUGUUGCUGCUUUUUGUAAUUCACGAACACAUCUUUCAGUGAUACUUAGUAUAAUUCAUUUAACUUCGGAUUUCCGUUGAAAUUGAGGUGGCCAUAUUGACCAUUUGACCUUCGUGUGUGACCUUGUAUUCAUAUAUAUAUAUAUAUAUAUAUAUAUUUGAUAAUUGCUUUCGUAUUUCAAUAAUUUUUGCACAUGUAGAAGUUGAACUCGCAUGUUCAUUAAUACGCUCGUCACGACUUCGUUCUUCACUGAUAUCGGUAUAUUUCACGAACUCAUCUUCAUAUGACUCUCCGUGCAAUUCUAUUAACAUUUGUCUAGAUUUUAGUUACCAUUGCGGUAAUCAUACCGGCCAUUUGCAAAAUGACCACUUAACCUUCGUCGCCCGUUAUUUGCCUAUAUAUUUGAGCAUUUCUCUCUUGUCAAUUGAUUUUGCCAAGUGUGGAGGUCGAACUUGUAUGUAUGUAAAUGGAUCGCCAUGACCAAUUCUCAUGACGUUCAUAUUUUAGGCUUUCAUUGUGUGGAGCAAUGCUUCUUAACCUGGGUUCGAUCGAACACCUGGGGUUCGAUGAAGCCGUACCAGGGGUUUGACGAAAGUCCUCUGGAAGAUUUGUAAUAUUAUGAAACCUUCUUAAUAUCCUAUUAUCCAGCAGACUAAUUAUGGAAACUUAGCUAUAGUUCACCUCAGAUAUUCAAACUUACAUGUUUAAAAACUCAUAAUAUUGUGUGUAGCUUUAGUGAACUUCUAACUGACUGUUACACAUUAGAUACCAAUUGCAAUUCAUCGAAAACACAUAUCGUCACAGAUGUCGUACGACUUGGUGUAGCCUGCUUUCUAUUAUAGCGCCAUUUUGGGUUUUCUGCAUGCUCUUUGGGUUUUCUGCAUUUAAUUGGCUGCGAGCUGCUAGGAAUUCAUUUUCCUCCAAAUUUGAGUCGCUUAAAAAGGUUGAACUAAUGUUUUAAAAUUACACCACAAUUAUCCUUCCUAUAUUCUUGUGCACAGUUAGCUUCUCCUCAUAUAGUUCUGAUUACGCUUUUAUCGUUCAAUACGAUGGGGUUCGACGGGGGUUUGUGGAAUAGCGCAGGGGUUCGACAGGCUCGCAAAGGUUAAGAACCACUGGACUGUAGAGUUUGAAUGAAAUAAUAUUGGAAUUAUAGUUUGAAAUAAAGAUUAUACCUUGCGAAGGUUAUAAACUUCUGGUUUUUGGUAAGCUGUCACUCAAAAAACACGAUUUAAAAAUGAAUAUAUUAUGUAUAUAUAUAUAUAUAUUUCCAUUGCAAAUUUCUAUAUAUAUUUGUUGUUUAAUUAACAUACAUGACUAAAUUAUGGAGAACUAAACGCCUUGUGUACAUCAUUAUUUCGCUCAUGAGCGAUUGUCGAUAAUUUGAUCAAAUCAGCCAACUCUUCUGAAUUAUUUUUUGAGUCGAAUCUGAUUUGGGAAAUUUAUGUAAGGUUAUGAUGUUGUGCCGAAGAAAUUGAAAAAAAUAUAACUGGUGUCACAAUUUCCAAAGCGAAAGUGGUAGAUCGACGGAUGUCAAUUGACAAACCACAGUAGAUCAGCAUGCUUGAAGUAUUGAAAUGCCUCAAACCAAGACCCAAUACAAAAGCAAAUCGCAACUACCAUCUAACUGAGUUUAUCGAAAAAGCUGACAGAUCAGUCAGGCGAUAUGCCGCAUGAUGGCGCCAUAUGCGCAAAAAUUACACAGAAAAAUGACCCACAAAUACCCUUUGUGUCGUAAAAGCCAGCAUUGCAUAACAAGGAGCAUGAAACCAACAUAUAAAUUUGCGUGCAAAUAUACAAAUUUGGUCAAAGCAAUUAAAUGUUGAUUCGGAGAAGAGUUCCAUGUGAGUGCUUUAUUCGAGGAACCCAGCAAUGCCAAAUUAUUAUUUUAACGUAUUUACUGCUGAGUGCUCAUGCUACAAAUAAAAAUUUCACUCUGCACGAAACAAAUCUAUGUUUUUGCCGAGAAAUUUAUUAAGCAAAAGAAUUUCCGUCCUCAUUAUUGAAGUAUGCGAUAUAUAUUUAGUCAAAAUAUCUAUAUUUCAAGCUCCUAUUGCAUUAAAAUUAAAAUACUUUAAACAGGUUUACAGAUUAAUGUGCAGCGACUUCUAGAAAUUGUAGUUGCCUCGAUUUUAUUAGCAUUGUUAUAGAACGAUUAUUCUAUAACUUCCUUUAUUUGAUAGUUGCCUACUUACUGAUUACGUCAAUUUCCCUGCGGCGCGAAUGACGCAAUAUUUACAAGCUACUAUUAGGCUAUAUUGUUUUAGUAGCUGGACUGAAUAAUAUUUGUGUUGUUUGUGAGGAAGAAAUUUAAAAACUUCACUUUGGUGUGAGUUGUUGAAGUAUCGAGCAUGUUUUCUAUGUAAUUCUCUGUCGAUCAAAAUUCUCGGUUUCUGAUUACUCUUAGUUUCUAUAACUCCUUUUUGUACGCCAAUGUAGUCAACAUCUGAGAAGCUAGUAAAAUAGAGAAAAUUUAGUUAAAACAGCUUACUUGAUGUCUAUUGAGUUGACAGAAAUGAGAGGUGAAAAGCAAAAUUUUGUUUACAAUUCUUGAAGCCAUAUCACUAGAACACACUAUUUAUAAAUGUAAUCGCUUCAACAGUUUGAUGCUUGAGGGGUGAGUUUCACUUUUUUUAGAUAGCGUGGUGGUAACUGGUAAUAUCUUCAUGUCCAUACCAUCCGUUCAUUUUAACUUAACGAAACGAGCCUUUUACGAUAUAUAUGGUUACCGUCUAACAUAUCAUAUUAUUUGCUUUAAGUAUCUGUACAGCGUUGCUACUAUACUAGUAUAAUGAAACGCAUUUACAAUGUUAUUAAAUAGCGAUGUCUCAUGCAUAUGACUGAGUCACUUAGUGAGUAAUUGCACACGCAAUAGAACAAGUGGUACCACACUGACACAAAUGCUUCAAAAUACCUAAUAACAAGUCACUUCAGUUAUUGCAUAAAUUUUUAUUAUUUCAUAUACGUAAAUGCGUUCUCUAAUAAAUCUCCAAACAGUUAUAAAACUGGCUGAUAGAAAGUAGAAGGUCAAUUACGGCUAUGACUGAUGCAGGUGAAUUUACUGAAAGUGAUGAACGCAGUGAUACAUAAGUAUUAUAUUGUGUCAGAGGAAGUCGUGCGAUAUAGCCACAAUGUCACGUUUUUGAAGUAUCUGUUAUGUUUUGUUUAUAUUGAUUAUUAUUGAUUAUAGUGCAGAUUCAAUUAUGGGGUUUUCAAUGCCAGCCUUAGCAUUAUAGCACGAGAACUAGUUUUCGAGUUCAGCUUGACAGUCAAUCCAUCGCAUGUAGUGAUAGAAUAGACAGGCUAUACCUAAUCAGACAAAUGAUGUGGUAUCUCAAAGUGCUGUUGCUAUGCCAUUUGGGGUUCAAUAGAUAGCGAGACACGUCCCAAAUACCCCAUUUCUAAUGUAGCAGUUCCGGUCUCGGUGGAGUGUAUGCAAUUCUGGAAGGCUAUAAAUUAGGUAAAAGUAAUAUUCCAAUCCAAGACUGCGACAAACGUGAGAACACUGACUUCGUAAUAACAAAAUUUCGACUCAUAAACUUGAGCCUUUGCAAACAGUUUCAGUUGAACCGUGUGAAAGUGUUGAUAUUCCGACACCAAUUACAGAGAGUUCAAAAAUUCGAUGCCAAAUAAACAUCAUUUUGUCUCCAAUUUCAACAUCAAAAAACGCCAAAUUUCGACUUUACAAUCUAUCGCUUCGCAAUUCAUUCCUGCGUGAACUGACAAUAGCCCGCGCCUUAUUUUAUCGACUGCAUAUGACUAUUUCGAAAAAGUCAUGUUGUUAUCAGUUUGGUUUCAUUUUUCUCUGGUUUUCAAUUAGAACAAUAUUGGGUAAUUGUGGUAGUGUUUUUCGCUUUCAGAGACAAAACAAGUAUAAAGUAGUAAUUAUCAGAAAAAUGUGAUAUCAGAGACACGGCAUGUCUGUGUUGUGAUAUCAUGAAAAUGACAAAUAGUGAGGCCAGGUGAAAGUAUGAGGCCUUCGACCAAAUAUUAUUAUUUGUGCCAAUUACUGUCAAUCGAUCAACAAAAACAAAACGGCAUGUCGUAAAUCUAAUUAAUUGGUGAAUCUGUAAACAGUUGGAAUGUUAUGGUAUCAAUCACAAAAUGAAUGGCAUAUUCUUCCGCCAAAAUUAAUCAGAUGAGUAAUCGAAAUGUUGGUGGUAUGAAAGAACGAAUGACGUCAUAAUUUUCACCUGCGUCUGGUUGUGUUUAGAAACCCUUUAAUAAUAAAAUAAAUAUAUAUAAAAUAUUGGUUCUAAACAUAACUAAACUAGUAAAAUUUUAAAAUAGAUUUUUCAAAUGAACGACAGUUAUGUUGAAAACAAUUUGUUCUUUCCAUCAAUUCGAUAUUUACGUUGGUAAACAACGAAUACCAUCAUAGUUUUGAUGCCUCUUUUGGUAAAUAUAUAUAUAAACGCUUCGAUCUCAGGACAGGGACGCGACGGAAUAUCGAUAUCUACCAGCAUUAUUAUAGACACGUAUACCAUUUUGAACGUUCUUAAUUGCCGAACGUUUCGCCGUAACGCGUGUUCAGGAUCAAUAUUCUAUUGAGAAAGGCUAAAGCAUUUUAAUACCAACACUAAACAAAUAUUUUACCAUUCGUGCUUCUGACGUUUCCGUGGCAGCUGGCGAGCAGACGUGCGUGCGUCAAUUUGGGGGUUGUUCAGGAGAAGAAAAAUGCGUAUAACGCUUUCUACUCACAGACUUAAAGAUCAAGUUUUUUUAAGACAAAGUAUUCGGCUCACUGAGACAUAUAAAGGUGAAGCCCGAUUUGCGAGGUUGGUAAACACAGCAGAAAUAUUCCGAGAAAAGUUAUGGCAAAUAAAUAGGAACAUUAUAACUCCAGUGAGUUUGAUUGUCAUAAGAUCGGUCGACUGACGGAAUAGGGAGAAAUUCUGGGGUUAAUUUAUUGUGUUAAAUAUGCAGAAAGUCAUAUAGAAGUAACGCAUCGUUGCUAACGUGACUAUUUAUAUUAGAAUGCUAGUAACCUAGAUAAUCAAAAAUGUAAAUUACCAUAUUGCAAUUUCACAAAUUAUUUUGCACUGGUUAACAAAACACAGAAACAUAUUAAAAUUCAAAGUACCACUUUGUCUUGUUUCAUACUGCUUCCCGCUGGUUUAUUCCUAAUUGGUACAUUAACUGCGGUACUUUUUAUUAAUUAGUUCAAGUCCAACAUAUAAAACAAAUUGGAGAAAAUGGCAUCCAUUUUUUGGGAGAAACAUAAACUAAAGGCUAGAACUAAAUAUAUACAUGAGUCACCUUGAGUGAAAAAUUUGUCAACUGGAUUGUACAACAGGUUUGAUUAAAGAUUUCAAUCGAUUAGUUUGUAUUCUAUAUUUAAAAUCUCACAAAGACGCGAAUCGGCAUUAACAAAUUGCAAGAAUGAAAAUUUAUGGUAAUACAUUAAUCAUGUGUACAUUAGUCUAAAUUUACGUAUAUGUCAGGGUCAUCGUUGGCGUUGAGUUUAGGUAGAAAAGCUUCUCCUCUUUAUACAUGUGUGAAGAAAAUUAAAAUAUAAAUUCACGAGUGUUGUAUUCAAUACUUAAUAUUUACUCAGAUUCUACCAACAAGCACGUGUCAUAAAUAAUUAGUGAAAACUCAGAUUAGGUUUUUGAAAAUAAUCCGAAUGAUAUUACUUGAAAUAUUGUUCUCAGUGGGGUGCUUUUAGUC